CGCUCACACCUUCCCGCUCCCGCUCCCUCUGUUCUGAUUUCGGCCGCGAGGUCCCCCCGCCCCCCCAUCUCUGGCAGCCGCGUCGCCUCCAGGGUCGGGGGUCAGGACGGGAAACCCCCUCGGGAAACCCCCAGGGACUCGCUGGAGGAGGGGGCGGCGGGAAGCAGCCGGGUCACCACUAUUUAAGCCAGUCCUGUUGGGCGGGGAAAGAGCCGGACCGGCAUGGACCAGAGCCUCUGCCUCCUGCUCCCCUUCUUCCUGGGGCUCCUCCAUCGAGGCCUCGGUGGGCCCCUGGAGGUGGAGCCCCCAGACCCGGUGGUGGCGGUGUCCUUGGGCGGGUCGCGGCAGCUCACCUGCCGGCUGGCCUGCGCCGGCCACCGGGCGCCCUCGGUGCAGUGGCGCGGCCUGGACACCAGCCUGGGCGCCGUGCGGUCGGACGCAGGCCGCAGCGUCCUCACCGUGCACAACGCCUCCCUGUCGGCGGCGGGCCCGCGCGUGUGCGUGGGCUCCUGCGGGGACCUGACCUUCCAGCGGACCGUGCAGCUCCUGGUGUUCGCGUUCCCAGCCCAGCUGACUGUCUCCCCAGCAGCCCUGGUGGCCCAGCAGGACCGAGAGGUAGCCUGCACAGCCCACAAUGUCACGCCCGUCAGUCCCGAGGCCCUCUCCUUGUCCCUGCUCCUGGGGGACCGAGAACUGGAGGGGGUGCAGGCCCUGGGCCGGGAUGUGGAGGAGGAGCCCCAGCAAGGUGAGGACCUGCUGUUCCGAGUGACAGAGCGCUGGCUGUUGCCCCCCCUGGGGACCCCCACCCCACCCGCCCUCCACUGCCAGGCAACCAUGAAGCUGCCUGGCUUGGAGCUGAGCCACCACCAGCCCAUCCCAGUCCUGCAUAGGCUGACCUCCCAGGAGCCCCCUGUAACGACCUCCCCCAAGGCCACCCCAGAGCUGAGCUCCACCCACAGCCCCAGGAGUCCUGGGCCCCCACCUGGGAACAGCUCCACCAGGCCCUGUCGCCCUGAGAUCCACCAGUCACCAGCACCAGGGGGUCUGGAGCUACUGUGUGAGGCAGCCUGUGGCCCCGGUAUGUCAGCGAGCUGGACCCAGGCCCCCGGGGGUCUUGAAGCCUACGAGAGGCAGGAGGCUGGGGCCCUGGCUCGGCUGAGCGUGCUGUGGGCCAGGUGCAACCCUGAAGGCUGGUUUCAGUGUCGCCUGGACCCAGGGGGACAGAUGGCCAGCCUCUACCUGGUCCCUGAAAUCUGUCCCCCAACAACAUCCGCAGCCCUGUGGCCGGGCAGCUUGGUGCUGGGGCUGCUCUUCCUGGCGUUCCUCACCCAUCGCCUGUGGAGACGCUGCAGGCCUGCUGGCUGACCACCAAACCCCAGCAGACCCUCUGGGCCCCUGCCCCACGCAGACUGGAUUGAGGAGGACUGGCCUGAAAUGGCCUUCCUUGCCUUCCACUCAGUUGCAAACAGAGGACAUCUGCAGGGUUCUGGAUCUACACGGUUGAGAGCCUACCACGACCGCUAACUCUGAUGGCCAGCAUCUGAGUUUCCCCUCAGUGGGACCCCUGGGGCCCCACCUCCCAAUGGGCCAGAGCUAGGGAAUAAAGGGCGUGUGGUCUGA